AUGCCGUCGCAACGUCGCAUGAGGUUCUUUGGCAUCCUCAUUGUCGUCACAGUCGUCGUCUUGUUCUACAUGUCAAGAGGAGCCCACCAAACACAAACAUCCGACUUUUACACCAAAACCCAACAAGCCUUACAAGAAAAGGAAUACGCAGAAGCGGCGAAGCAGCGCGAUGCAGAGAGCGUCGGGUCGCGACUCAAAGCCGCCGAAGAGCAGGCGAAGAAGAACGCCGAGGACAAGUACACAGACCACAAAGUCAAGGUGGAAGGGCAGGACCAGAAGAGUGUCGCCGGCCGCGUCAAGAUGGACGGCGACAGGGUCCCUGGCGUCGCGCAACAGGGUGGGAAGCCGCGCGAUCAAGCAGCCAUGAUGGAGCACGAGACGCUUGAGGACCACGAAGUCGAGAUGGAGCUCAAUGCCAUAUUGAAGAAGAGUCCAAUGAUCAUCUUCUCAAAAUCUUACUGCCCCUUCUCGAAGAAAGCGAAACACAUUCUGCUCGAGAAGUACAACAUCAAGCCCGAACCCUACGUCGUCGAACUCGAUAAGAGCCCAAUCGGCCAACAACUACAAGCCUUCCUGCACAAGUCGACAGGCCGACGAACGGUGCCUAACAUCCUGCUCAUGGGCAAGAGCAUAGGAGGCGGCGAUGACAUUGAGGAGCUCGAUCAGACCGACACCCUCGUAGCGAAGGUCAAGGAGAUUGGCGGCAGCCGCAUCACCGAGGUUGAGCAUCGCGGCGCCCGUCCGGAGAUGCGACGGAAGAUGAGGGCGUAG